AUGAUGUUGUUCUCACUCGUUCUUUGCACUUUUGUGCUAUCUGCACUCGCUUCACCUUCUACACCCAUCUCUGAGCAGAAACUCGGGGGAUUGCGGUAUCCCAAACAGCGCGGCAAGCAUUAUGACUACACCGGGUUUGAGCCCAGCCAGAAGAAGCGCGCGGAUGAUAUCAUUGAUAUGUUUCGCUUUGCGUGGAAUGGAUACUAUGAGCAUGCGUUUCCUCAUGAUUCUUUGAGACCAAAGUAUGGCAACUACUCGGAUGAUCGUAAUGGAUGGGGCGUCACUGCCGUUGAUGGUCUUGACACUGCGAUUUUGAUGGAGCAGACAGAUAUUGUCGAGAUUAUUCUGGACUUUAUCCCGACUAUCAAUUUUACCAAGACGAACACGCCUGAACCUACGUCUGUUAGUUUGUUUGAGACCAAUAUUCGAUAUCUGGGUGGAUUGUUGAGCGCCUAUGAUCUUCUCAAGGGACCAUUCAAGCAUCUCAAAGUCAACAAGGAUAAUGUCGAUGCGCUACUCAAGCAAGCUACUACACUAGCCGACACGUUGAAGUUUGCUUUUGAUACACCUUCUGGAAUUCCUUUCGGGUCACUUUGGAUCGAGAACCAGACAUCCACCGAUGAGAACAGCCUUGAGGAUGGAACUGCCUACGCAGGAUUAGCUGCUAUGGGUACUCUUGUUCUUGAAUGGCAGCACCUUUCGGAUCUCACUGGCGAUCCUCAAUAUGGUAAACUGGCCAAUCGCGCUGAGUCUUAUUGGCUUUCUCCAUCUUCUGAGGUCUGGCCUGGUCUCACUGGAGGUCGCUUUAGUCUCAAGACGGGUGAGAUUCUCGAUGAGUACGGUGGAUGGACGUCGGGUAAUGACUCAGCCUAUGAGUACCUCAUCAAGAUGUAUGUCUACGAUCCAGACAGGUUCAGCCAUUACGGUGAGCGUUUUACUCUGGCGGCCGACUCUACCAUCAAGCAUCUCAUCUCUCAUCCAUCAUCGCGACCCGACUUGACCAUGGCAGCCGCAUUCACUGGAACACAACAAGUCAAUUACACCGAAUUCCUCGCAUGUUUCAUCGGCGGCUCAUUCAUUCUCGGAAGUUCAGCCCUAGACCGCCCAGACUGGCUCGACUACGGCCUCUCCUUCAGCGAGUACUGCGCCAACGGCUACCGCUACACAGCAUCCGGCAUCGGCCCAACCCUCUACAGCUGGGAUCUCAGCGAGCUCGCGCAGCCCGAGAACAAGAACCAGACGCUCUUCUACGAGCGCGCGGGCUUCUUCAUCCAGGAGGGAGCCUUCGCGGGCGGCCAGGCACCCGAGGCCGUGGAGAGCUGGUACUACGCGUACCAGAAGACGCACGACCAGUACUGGCGCGACGUGGCGUGGGCGUACACCCUAGCGCAGAACAGGACGAUGCGCGUUGGCGGGGGGUUCGCUAGCAUCAACAACGUGCUCUCUCCGUCCGGCGACGGAGUGCGCGGCGGCAUCAUGGCUAGCUUCAUGCUCGCCGAGACACUCAAGUACAUGUGGCUGAUCCAGACGGAGAACAAGGGCGAAUGGGACGUGCUGGAGGGAGGGGAGAAUCUGUUUGUUUACAACACUGAGGCUCACCCGCUGCGAGUCGCUGCGAAGAAGCCUGUUUAA